UCCCAGUACCGCUGCUAGCCGCAAGACGUAAGUAGUGCGCGCGACUCCGAUCCGAUUUCGUCACAUUCACAUUCUCAGUGUUGCCCAGGAAGAAGGAAGGUGUAGUAGAACGCUGCCCCCGCGACACAACUCGGAUUAAAAGGUGUGUGAUGGCUUUUCUCCGCACUGUGAUCAGAUGUAGUGUGUACAAGAAAUACGGAUUGUUGCAAGACCACCCCAGCAAGUUCCAUGUCUGCAGGGCCCUGCUGAAGUCUACGACAGCUACGUCCGCGAACAUCGUCCAAACCUCCCCCAAGACAGUACAGCAGCCACCCAGGGACCCCCUGGACAUUACCUUCGAGGAUGCCAAAGCGGCUUUUAAGAGCAAGACCAAUCUGGAGCUCAUCAGAGCUUACGUGGUCUACGCUCUAUGCUCUUUUGAAUACCUGGUUCAGAAUAAUAUGAAGUUAAUGAAGCUAGCCAGGAGCGUGCUAGGAGAGAAACUCUUCAUAGCGCUGAUGAAGGCGACCUUCUACGGCCACUUCGUGGCCGGCGAGGACGAGUACAAAAUCCGGCCGAAGCUGGAGAGGCUGAGGUCCUUCGGUGUGAAACCGAUCCUUGAUUACUCGGUGGAAGAGGAUCUGUCGCAGGAGGAGGCCGAGAAACGAGAAGUCGAGUCUUCCGUGCCAGAAGCGGGCGAACCUGAAGUCGAGGGCUCCCUGAAGCAGUAUCACGUAGACAAGACGUUCGCCGACAGGAGGUACAAGGUGCAAUCGGCCAGGACGUACUUCUACCUCAACGAGGCGACUUGCGAGAGGAACAUGGAGACCUUCAUCAAAUGCCUCGAGGCCAUUGCAGGUGCAACAUACGGCACUGGCAUCACAGCCAUCAAAUUGACAGCUCUGGGCAGGCCCCAGCUGUUGCUUCAACUGUCGGAGGUGAUCAUGAGGGCUCGCCAGUAUAUGACUGAAAUAGUGGGAGGGGAGGGUAACGUGCUGUCCCAUCACAUGAAACACGAGGAUCUCGAAGCGAAAUUCGACAAGAUAAAGGACAAAGAGUCCCUCAGGAAGUUCCUUAAGCAAGUUACGUACGAUAAACAGGGCGUCCUGCACUUGUUCCCGUGGUCCGGUAUCAUCGACGAUAACCAGGAGCUGAGCACUACGUUCAGGGUGCCCGACCUAAAAACGGGCCGGAUGACCAGACUGAUAACUCAGCUGUCGACGAAAGAGGAGGAGAUGUUCCGGAACAUGAUCAGGAGGGUGAACACCAUUGUCAAAGCGGCCCAGGAGAUGGACGUGCGCAUCAUGGUGGAUGCCGAACAAACCUACUUCCAGCCGGCCAUCACGCGGAUCACGUUGGAGUUCAUGAGGAAGUACAACAAAGAUAAAGCGAUAGUCUUCAACACGUACCAGUGCUACCUUAGAAACGCCCUGUCAGAGGUGACAACCGAUUUGGAACAGGCCAAACGUCAGAACUUCUUCUUCGGGGCAAAGCUCGUGCGUGGCGCCUAUCUCGAACAGGAACGGGCCAGGGCGGCAGCGAUGGGCUACCCGGACCCCACGAACCCCACGUACGAGGCCACCACCGAAAUGUACCACAACACGUUCACCGAGUGCCUGAGGAGGAUAAAUGCCUUCAAGGAGAAGGGGGACGACAAGAAGAUCGCCAUCAUGGUGGCGUCGCACAACGAGGACACAGUCCGCUUCGCCAUCGAGAAGAUGAAGGAGUUGCGCAUCGAACCUGGCGACAAGGUCAUCUGUUUCGGGCAGCUGUUCGCCAUGUGUGACUACAUCACCUUCCCGCUAGGUCAGUCGGGGUAUUCCGCCUACAAGUAUAUCCCCUAUGGACCCGUGAACGAGGUGCUACCGUACCUCUCCAGGAGGGCCCACGAGAACAAAGGUGUACUGAAGAAGAUUAAAAAGGAGAAAAGACUGCUAGCCAAGGAACUAAUUAGGCGUCUGUUCACCGGCCAGAUCUGGUACACUCCCAAGGGAAACUACGUUCCAGUCUAAAAGAUUCUCAUCCACACCCUUCGAAUGUACUUGAGACGUCGCCCACUUUUAGCCGGCGGCGUGCAUAUUUGUAGAUAAGUAGUUAAAAAGACGAGUCCAUCUAUGAAUUAUUUUUUAAAAAAUGCCUGCGUGUAUAAAUGGUUCAGCUCAUACACACCCGGGGAGAAAUACGCGGUCUAAAUCGCGCAAUCUCCCCAAACUGUGAUUUAAAUCACUUUUUUGUACCCCCUUGACGUCAACGUCCCAGAAAUAAAUGGUAAACAACUAAAAUGUUGUAAGACAAUUGGGUAUUAUUGGAAGAGUAUAACUUAUUUAUUUAACCCGUGGGUGGUGGCACGUCACGCAGACGAAAAAAACGUGAAAAAAAACUGCUUAGUAAAACGAUUACAAUAGUUAGUCGAUAAAUUUAAAAUUCUGUACAGCUGUAAUUGUGGAUGAAUGUUCGUUAAUUGGUGUAAAUUUCCUUAAAAGUUAAUCAACUUGAACGCCAGUGGUUCCCUCUAUUCUUCCUCACGCGGUAGCCGGAAAAAUGGCUACGGCCUGAUUAACGCUAGCCGCGAAAAACGCUUUGGCCUGCGCAACCGCUGUAGGCUUCAAAAAUUUUCACUGGAAGGGAGCCCGGUGCGAGCCAUUUUUAAAUGCCUCGUUCUUGAAAUUUUUUUCCUCUUAUAAAUUGGAUAUUUUAGCGCACCUCGACUUGCUCGUUUCGAAGUUCCCCUGGACUUUGAUUGAUUUUUAAUCCUAAACAGUAGCGUGAGUAAGGUUUAAAAAUUGAUCAGAGGUAAUUUUGUAAGUUUUAUUUACCUGAAACAUGAAUCUGUUGAUAUUAGAUAUUGAAAUUUCAGUCCCGAUAUUUGUUAUAAUUGAAAAACUUGUCAAUUUCGACUUUAACGAAGGUUUGUUUCGCUUGAAGUACCGAAAUGUAGUUUUGUAGCCUGUGAUUUGGUAGUUUUUCAUAUUGAAAGAGAAAUGUUAAGAACCCUUUUACCGUUUUAGUAUUUUUUUAAAAACUGUUUAGUUUUUUGGUGUGUAUGAAAAUAAAUCCGAUUAAAAUAU